AUGGACGGCAAGGAGAAGGGCAUCACCAGCGAUGCCGACUCGGCACAACAGGGGGAACUCCAGCGCCAGCUGUCUGGGAGACACCUCAACUUCAUCGCCAUUGGGGGUACCAUCGGUACCGGGUUCUUCUUGGGCACCGGCACGGCGCUGGUCAAGGCCGGGCCGGCGUCGUGUUUGAUAUCGUACAUCUUUGUCGGGUCGAUCCUGUGGUCGGUGAUGGUUUGCUUGGGAGAGAUGGCCACGUAUAUACCGACCGCGGGUGCCUUCUCGUCGUAUGCCACGCGGUUUGUUGACUCGAGUUUGGGCUUCGCGGUAGGGUGGUUAUACUGGUUCGGUUGGGCCAUCACCUACGCUCUAUCCCUCGUCGCCGCCGGUCUCAUCAUCCAAUACUGGAAACACGACAUCAACCUCGGCAUCCUAAUCGCCGUGUUCUGGGUCGUCUUCACCCUCAUCAACUACCUCCCCGUCGGCAUCUACGGCGAGCUCGAGAUGUGGCUGUCCAGCCUCAAGGUCAUCACCAUCGCCGGCUUCAUCAUCUUCGGCAUAUGCAUCGCCGCCGGCGUCGGUCAGGAGGGGGUGCUCGGCUUCAAAUACUGGAGCGACCCGGGCGCCUUCAACGAAUACCUGGUACCGGGCGACGUCUGGGCACGCGCGGGCGUCAAGGUGCUGCCCGACAUCAUCAACGCCGUGCUGCUGACGGCGGUGCUCUCAGCGGCCAACUCCAACGUCUACUCGGGCAGCCGCGUGCUGCUGGCGCUGGCCGAGGAGGGCCAGGCGCCGGCCAUCUUCAAGAAGACGAACCGGUACGGCAUCCCCGUCAUGGCGGUGGGGGGCACGGCGGCCUUCGGCCUGCUGGGGUUCCUCAACCUGUCGUCCGACGGCGGCAAGGUCUUCAACUGGCUGCUCAACAUCAGCGGUGUGGCCGGGCUGACCACCUGGGCCAGCACCUGCCUGUCGCACCUGGCCUUCAUGCGCGCGCUCAAGGCGCAGGGAAUCCCGCGGUCCGAGCUGCCGUAUGUGUCGCGCUUCCAGCCGUACACGGCCAUCUACGGCCUGUUCUUCAACGUCCUCAUCACCCUGACGCAGGGUUUCACCGUUUUUAUCAACUGGAACGUGAGCGACUUUUUUGCGGCUUACAUCAGCCUGAUCUUGUUUGUGGUGCUGUGGGCGGGCCACAAGUUGUGGCAUCGCCAGCCGAGUGUCAACCCGGCCACGGCGGAUCUCGUCCGUGGGCGCUAUGAUCUGAACGAGGAGCGUUCGGCUGCCGAUGGCGGGGUAUGA